CUCACACAGAUCAGGCCUGAUAAAAACCAACAAACAGUUAGAUAAAUAAAGAUUUUUUCGAAACUACGUUGACCAAAAUGCUUUGCGCCAAACACUUCCUAGUUACUCUGUGCCCUGGUUUCCUUCUUCUGUCAGCUGGUCGAGCUACGACAACAAUAACUGUCAGGACGACAGUUUUGGUGGAGUUGGUCUGAGGACGGAAAGCUCUGCUCGUCAGAUGAUCAGGAGUCUGCAGAGCCUGGAUGGAGGAUUUCAGGCGGAUAUACCUCCGUCUGUGUAAGGAGGGAGGCGUGGAGCCUCAGGAGGGUGUUGUAGCUCAGCUCCAGGAGAGCAGGUCUGCUCAGGGCUCCAGACUGGACCUGAGUGGACAGAGCCUGUCUGCAGAUACCUGCUCAGUGCUGGCUAAGGCCUUCCAUAAGGAUACUGUCUUUACUGAGGUGUCACUCAGUGACUGCAUGCUCAGCGAGGAGGGUGCCAGAGUGCUCCUCAGUGGACUGUUUGACAACACGACUGUCAAAGUCCUGGAUCUGAAGGGGAAUAACCUGAGAUCAUCAGGAGCUGAGGUGCUGGGACAGUUGUUGGCACAAAACAAGACGCUGCGCAGGCUGGUGCUGGAGUGGAAUGCGUUGGGCGUGUGGGACGAAGCUUUCUCGCUCUUCUGCAGCGGUUUAGUUUCCAACUGCGCGCUGACGCAGCUGGACCUGCGCAACAAUCAAAUCAACCACCAUGGAGCGUCGGCGCUCGCUCUGGCACUCAAACGCAACAGCACACUGGAAGUUCUAGAUCUGAGGUGGAACAAUAUUGGUCUGCUGGGAGGCAGGUCCAUGCUGGAGGCACUUCAGAACAACAAGAGCAUAGUGCAGCUGGAGAUGGCUGGGAACAACAUUCCCAGUGACACGCUGAAAGCUCUCGAGCAGGCCACAGGGCACAACUCAGACAGGCGGUCCACCCUGAGGGAGAGUCGCAGCCGCACACAGGUCCUCAGCAAGGAGAUUCAAACACUGAAGGAGGAGAAGGGCCGGCAGUUCCUGAGCCUGAUGGAGACCAUAGACAGGCAGAGGGACGAGAUGGGGCGCUCCAGUAGGUCAACCUCCAGUCAGAUCGGCCAACUCCAGGAAGCUCUGAACGAGAGAAAGUCCGCUGUCAACUCUCUCACCGCAAAGCUGCAGAUGACAGAAGCUGCCCUCGCACUCUCUGAGCAGAAAAACCAAAACAUGGGAGAGCUGCUGUCUCGACUGAAAGCUGAGAAAGAAGAACAGAGGGAACAACACAGCAAAGCGAGGAAGAAAGAGCACGAGGACGCUGUACUGAGACAGGGAAAACUCCUCAGAGACAUCCAGAGCCUGACAGACACCAACGGUCAGCUGAAGAAUAACGUGGAGGAGAUGGAGCGCAGGUGUAAGUCUCAGCAGCAGCUGAUCUUUGAGCUGAAGCAGGAGCUGACCACCAGCACAGCUGAGCUCAAGCUGCGACUAGCACAGGCUGAAGACCGUUUGGAAUCAGAGAAGCAACGGUCCAAGCAAGCCCUGGAUGACAUGGACGGUCUCCGGCAGAAAGAGGUGGAGCAUAUAAACCGACAUCUGGAAGAAAGUGAGCGGGCCCUGCAGGAUCGCAUUUUCAAACUGGAGGGACAGCGGAUACAACUGGAGGAGGAACUGAGUAAAGCUAAAGCAGCGUUUGUGGCAGAAAGGGCCCAGGCAGAGGAGGAGCUGGGAAGAGUGCGAGCCCAAGUGCGUUUGGAAGAGCAGGAGCACGCGUCGUCCUUGGAGGAGAAGCUGCGCUCGGUGCGUUCAUCCCUGCAGGAGGUCCAGCUGCACUGUUCCCAGCAGAAACAGACCAUCUCUGAGCUGCAGGCCAAGAACAGCCAGCAGAGCAUCGAGAUGGACGGACUACGACGCAGGAUAGAGGAGCUGCAGCAGGAGCUGUGCUGCAAAGACCAGGAGAAGGUGGCUGAGGUGAGCCGGGUGAGGGUGGAGCUGCAGGAGCAGAUUGGACAUCUCCAGGCAGAGAGGACGGCACAGGGAGCACUUAAAGAAAAGAUCAGCGCUCUGGAAAGAGAGCUUAAAGUGCUGAGUAGUAACCACAGGGAGGCUCUUCUGGACAAAGAGAGCGAGAUGUCUUCCAUGUUGGAGAAGCUGCGGCUGAAGGAGGCAGAGAUCCAUAGGAUUAGGGAGGAUGAGGCCAACAGAGCCAGCUAUUUGCAGAGUGCCGUCCUCUCGUACAUUCACGGUUCUCCUCUGGGACACCACAGCAGCCUCCAGAAAUGAGCCAGCAGGGCCUCUCUCAGGGCUCCCGCACUGGGCAGGACCAGGCAUAGCUCCACAGAGCUGAAGAAUAUUCUGACGUGGACGAUCAGUGCUCAGCAAAUAAUAACCAUACCUAACAUAAUGUUAAAAAUGACAAAUCUCAUCAGGACGUGCUCAGUUCAAUGGUGUGCUACUUUCUUUUUUUAUUGCUACUUUUAAUAAAUACACAGCGCACUUUAAGUGCCAACACUUUCCACACGUUCCAGUGAGUGUAGUAGAAAGCAACAAGGUUUUCACAUGAUGAAAAAUAAGAAUCGGCUGUGCAUUUGUAAAAGGAACUAUGGCUUCACUGAAUGAUGGAGCGAAUGGAUUUACAGUGGCUGAGGGGAAGAAGAGAGAGCUGUCUGAAUAAAUACCGAUUUCAAAAACUUCUAACAGUCCAGAGGCUGCAAGGCAGCCAUCAAACAUCUGCAGAUGUUUCACAGUCACACAGCUGUUCACACACAUCCAGCACAUGGUGACUAUGACCUUCCACAUGUGAAGGUCAGCGCUGCUGAAGGAGUCCUGUGAUCAGAACCUGGUCUUGUGUCAUAAAUUUCCAUUUUUAUGUCCUUCGCUCACACAGUACACGUGAUAAACUGUACUUAGCUUUCACUGCAAGCCAGCGUCAUUUCUGCCACAUUUAUCCAGUUUGAGUAAACGUACAUGUUUACAGUCAAAAUGAUAUUUGGUUCAGAUAUGCCUUAAUAUUGUAUACUACAGAGUAGACACUGAUGCAGAGCAGGACACCUGCUGUUUUUACAUUUUAUAAUGAAAGUCCAAAUAAAGCUGUUGUGUUUCAGGUCUGCUAUCAGUGACAAA